AUGCAUAUAUCAGUUGUCCACUCUUUCAACACCAUUGUUCUGCCCUGUGCCGCCAGAAGCAUUGCCAACAACCACUUCUCAGGAUCGUUCCCCGAACCUCUGUUAGAACUGACAAGCCUUGUUUUAAUGGACCUGAGCAACAACAGAUUCAGUGGGUCCAUUCCCAAGCGCCUUACGAAGCUUGUCCAGCUAAUAGACAUCAACUUGAACAACAACAAGUUCCACGGAAAGAUUUCUCCCCGCCUCUUUCAGCUCUCCAUGCUCGACUCACUGCAAGUGGCCAACAACUUCCUCUCGGGGGGCCUUCCAGCGUCUCUGCGUGCCUCAUCCUCUCUUAAAACACUUAGCUUGCCAGGAAACGGCUUCACGGGUCCUUUGCCCGACUUUUCGCUCUGGAGUGUCAGCCUUGAGAACCUGGCUCUCAACCACAACAACUUCACGGGGUCCAUUCCUGACUCCAUCUCCACCCUCUCCAGCUUGAAGGCCAUCGUACUCAACAACAACCAGCUCACCGGGUCCAUUUCAUCAGCCAUCUUCAACAUGACCAACCUGUUCUCCCUCUAUCUGGCCAACAACCGUCUGACUGGCAGUCUGCCGGCUGCCAUCAGUCGCCUGGAGAAGCUUGAGCAGCUCUGGUUGGACAACAACAGCAUUGAGGGUCUUGUGCCCCCUGCCAUCUGCUCCCCUGGCCGCCUGUGGCGCAUCAUGAUGAGCAAAAACUACCUCUAUGGUCCCCUGCCAGAGUGCAUCUUCGACAAGUGUGUCAACCAACUCGAUGUGAGCAACAACAGCCUGUACGGGCGCAUCAACCGCAACUUCAAGAGCAUGGUGGUGGACGACGGUGCGCUCAUCAACUUGGCUCACAACUUCUUCUUCGGCGAUGCCGUGCUCUUUGCUGCCGGCUGCCAGGUCUGCCCCACUGAGAUCACCGAGCCCAACAACCUCGUCCUGGGGGACCUCAGUAGCGGCAGGGCAGCUGGGAAGUGUGUCGAUGGCAUAUCCGGGACAAGGGAUUACUCAGUGGAGGGGGCGGGCAAGGGAGCGAGGGUGAGUGUGGCGGGCAACUGCCUGACGGUCAGUGCGGACGCGGAGUGCUCGGCCAACGCCACCCAGCGCAGCACGGCAGCCUGCCAGGCGUUCUGCAGCAUCACGGACAACGGCCCGUGUGACGGCCAUGGGGAGUGCGUGCUGCCUGCCCCCACCUUCCCCUUCAACUUCACCUGCCUCUGCCGUGCCGGCUACUCUGCCCUCGACUCAGCCAACGGUUCUACCUGCGCCGUUGUCAAAACUGGAUCCAGUGUGUCCUCGCUCUCCACGGGCGCCAUAGUGGGCAUUGCGGUGGGCUGCUUUGGUGGCUUCGUUCUGCUCGCUGCUGUCCUCACAUGCCUGCUCCGGCCCCGCGGACCAACUGGGACUUUCACCACUCACCUCCCUUUUCACAAUCUGUGUGUACAUGCAGGGAAGUGGGAGGGGCUAGACGUGUGUGAGCAAUACACGCUGCAGCAGAUGGUGAAGGCCACAGACAACUGGGCCAAGGAGAACGUGCUGGGCAAGGGAGCCUUUGGCGUGGUGUUCAAGGGGUACUCGCCACAGGGGCAGACGUGGGCCAUCAAGCGCUCCACUGUCAUGACCAACGACUUUGAAAUGGAGGAUCAGAACGUGGAGACGGGCAAGCAGGAGCAGAUCCUCGUGUACGAGUUUGUGGAUAACAGAGACUUGCAGCACCACAUUUACAAGAGCGAGAACCCUCUCUCCCUGCGGCAGCGACUGCGAGUGGCGCAAGGAGCAGCGGAGGGGCUGGCAUACCUGCAUGGGUUUGCGACGCCCAUCAUCCACCGCGACAUCAAGCCCGCCAACAUCCUUGUGACGGCCGACAUGCACGCCAAGGUCGCCGACUUUGGGCUGCUCAAGCGCCUCACCCACGGGGAGGAUAAUCAGACCAGAGUGGCUGGCACUCCUGGAUAUGUGGACCCUGAUUACAACCGCACACGCGUGGUUACCACCAAGAGCGAUGUCUUCAGCUUCGGCAUUGUGCUUCUGGCACUGGUGACUGGCAAGCCCCCUCGGGUUGAAGAGACACACAUACGAACAUGGGCAACAAAGAUGGUGGAGGACUACCAGGUCAUUGGCAUGAAGGACAGCAAGCUAGACGCAACAGAGGAAGCCGUUCUUGCCAUUGUAGACCUGGCUCUGGACUGCAUCAAGUCGCCAGGUGCGCGUAGGCCCGACAUGAAGGACAUUGCGUACCGCCUCACAGCGCUCAUGGACAAGCACUGCUCGGACAAGGAGGAAGUCAUGGAGGACGCAAGUAAAGAAGUGAAGGAAAUCCCCUCGGACUCCUCUGCAGGGACUGGCACAAUCUCACAGACCUCCACCAUGAGUCUUGGCUCAUUUAUGAACGGCAUGGGCAGCUGGUUGGAGAAGAGGCCAAGUUGA